AUGAGAUUCAGUAACAGAAAGGCAGGCUCCCAAGCUCCUUUACCUUUUGAAAUGACUGAAAAACAUUUAAAAAACUGUGAUAAAAAAAGGCAGGGUAAGAAUUCACUGCCCCAUUUUACUGUGAAAAGAAUGUUUACAAUGCGAAAUACAGGAGAGUUGCCUUUCUAUGUCCAUGGCUUCAGCAUCAAUUCCUCCCCCUGCGAAGGAUACGGCUUCAAGGUGCUCGACUGUAUAGGUUUUGAAUUACCCCCAAAUGGCAGCCAAAAAAUAGAUAUUGCCUUCACCCCAGACUUCACAAUGUCACGAAUUCGUCGUGUCCUCACCAUCUUUACUAGCUUGGGCCCUCCUAUGAACUAUACGCUGCAGGCCACAGUGCCACCCUACAUGCUAGCGAAAUGUGCGGCUGCCCUGCCACGUCCCUCCUGGGAGAUGGGACUCUACUAUGCCUUCCUCUGCAUAAUCAUUGUGCUCACUGUAUGCGUCUUUAUUGCUGCCUACUUCGAAGCAAAGCGCAUCUGUGUGGCGGACUCGCUCAAGCGAAAACAGAAGGUGCUGAAUGUUGCCCAGCUGUUUGAGAAAGGCAAGGCAUUUGACUUAAAAAAUAUCACCGGACUCUCAUCCAUCCCAUCUAAAACCUCAUUAUCCUCUUCCUCUUCAUCCUCCUCUUCCUCAUUGUACUCCUCCUCCUCCUCCUCUUCUUCCUCCUCCUCCCCUUUACCAGCCUCUUCCUUGCCUUCCCCCUCUUCAGACAGCCGGUGUUCUACGCGGUCAGUUGCAGAGCGUUCCGAUCACCAUGCCGACCACUCGCAUCACCGAACCAACAAACGGUGGACAUUUAAGACAGUCAUUUAUUUAUUUAAAAAACUCAGUAGCGUAUUCUACAUAUCCAGUUCGGCAGCAGCAGCGGCGGCAACCACAGCCACACACUCCACGGCAAAUGCUACCCCCACAAGUUCUAACACGGCCACUGCAGCCAUGGCUAACAGCAAUCCCUCCUCAUCAACUACUGCUACAACUACAAAUAAAAAGUCCAAUAAUUUAAUUAAAGCAAAUAUGCCAGAGAAAGACUCUCGGGAUUUGCAUGUUCAAAAUAAUCUCAAGGCCUCAAAUUAUGAAGAAAAGAAUAGUUCUUCAUCUGGCCACCACCACCACCACCACCACCAUCACCACAGCCAAAACCAUCACAGCCACCACCAUCAGGAUGAUGCAACAGAGCGGUCAAGUAGUAGUAGUAGUAGUAGUAACAACAAUAGCAGCAGCCUCACCUGUGCAAACACAACAGUCCACCGCAGUAAGAAAACACGAGCAUCCAAACGAUAUCACAAUGAUCUCAAUUCAAACUCAACAGACACCAACGACAGAAGGAUUCUGUCAGAGAAGAACACUGACUCUGGACAACAGAAAAAAAUGAAUUACGACAAAAAUUUUGCGUCAUUUUCCACGACAUCUUCGGGCUCUCAGGAUGAUUAUAAAAAUAGCCACAAUAACUGCAGCAAUAGUAGUCGGAGGGUGUCCAGUGAGGACCAACGAAACAAUGAUGACCAACACAAUACACAUAGCAAAACAGAUGUCACAAAUGUCAAUACUUCCACAGCCAAGGGAAAGAAUAAGAAAAAGAAAAACAAAACAGACAAUAAAGAACAACCCACAAAAUCCCGGUUCUCUAGUGCAGCAGAUGAGAAAGAUGAGACCUCAUCGACAACAACAGAAUCCUCCACUGGUGAUCCUGAAGAAAAGGCCUGUUCUCGAGAAUCAAGCCUCAUGUCAACCCCACAGACUGAACCUGCUCGAUCCAAAAAUAAAAAAUCCAAGACAGUUGAAAAGUACUCACCAAUUCUUGAGGAUAUUAGCUGUGUAGAUGAUGACUUUGAGCUGACCACAAAGUCCAAGGCCCACAAGAAAGUUAAGGUCAACCCUAAAGAAGCUUAUGGGGGAAACAUCUUGAAGCCAAGCACAUUGGAACUUCCAUACAACUUGGAAAACAAGAAAUCUCUAGAGAAGAAAGAACAAUAUCCAUUGGAUCCGCAGAUGAGCUGCAAAAUGAAGAAGUUAAUAAAACAAAGCAAAGGGAAAGCAAAAACUGAUGGUGCUGCUUCCCGUCCAGCUGAGAAUGACAAUAUGGGCAAAUAUAAAGAUCUCUGGGACACUCCUCAUGUGUCACCAAGUGGAGACCUCAGUGAUUUAGCUAGCCAAACAGAGAACUUUGCCCUCCAACAUAGUCGUCCAUACUCUUCGUCCCCAAUCCAGGCUCCCCUCAACUUCUUGAGCAGUACUGAGUUGUCUCCACCACCUCCGCCUCCUUCAGCUCCUCUCUCAGCGUCCAGUUCAGUCGGCAGCCGUUCAAGCAGCUACAGCAGUGUGGUCAGUAACAAUAAUCUGGAUACUUCCAGCAAUGCAAAUCUGCUGAAUGCCACUCACUCUAUGGCAGCCCGCAAGACACCCACUAAGCCAUGUACCAACACCCCCAUGACUACUGCUGCACCCACAGCUCCUGAGAAUUGGACGGAUUUUAAUCUUUUUGCCGAUCAUGGAUUAUCAGCCCCCUUUUCCACACGCACAUGCCAACAGCCUUCCUUCUCUCUGCCUGUAGCAACUACUAACAAUCCCUUUGACCAGCCCUAUUUUAGGAUUUCCCUUCAAAACUGCCGCCUGCCUUCAUCUCCAGUGAUUGACCCUCCUUCUCCUUUGGCAAUGGACAACCAGCCUCCUUCUCCUCAUCCAUUUUCUGCACCAGCUGGCCCAAUGUCAACUUCAACUUCAACUGAUAUGAACUUAUUCAGCCUCAUGGACAAUGCACCUCGACGUCAAUACAAGCAAGAAGAAAAAGUCACCUCUGCAGGAGACAGUUGGCUUAAUUACCCACCUGUCCCGUCUCCGCCCAUUUCAGAGAAUCGUUGGGUUUUCAACAGCUCUCUAGUUUCACCCUUGUGGAGAACAUCCUCCAUACCUACUUCUAUUUAUAACUCUGACACUAUGUAUGAUCGUCUUGAGGUGGCUCACAUCUGGGAACCAAAUCACACUUCUCCACCCUCCACAGCACCAGGCAGCCAUAGCUGGAACUUCCCUGGCCAACCUAACGACAACUGA